AUGAACAGCUGUCUUCUGAACCUGCUGCUCCGAGACUCAGCCAAACGAGAGACUAUUGAGCGCCUCUGGGGGACCCAAGCCACCGAAACGCGGUUUGACAACGGACAAAGGGCGAAGGACGCCAACCUGUAUGCAUAUAUCCAGUUAUGCACGGAGGCGCGCACGCUUGCAUUUCAUGAAGGGGGCCGAUACAUCUCCCUACGGACUUGUCAACAACUUCUGGCGAUUGCCCAGCAGCUUCGCGAUGGUCGGACACGGGAUGCCAUCAAGAGGUCUGCGCCACUGGUCAACCUGUGCGAAGGAGGAGGCUCGAAGUCCAAACAAGAUGUGUCGAUCAACCUCGCAGCCCGACUUCUUCUCAUGUGUGACUUUGGCCGUUUGCCUUUCAGCUUCUCCGGGAGGCUGCAUCUGUCCUGGACGGAGGGCUCGCUUGCGGACUGUGUGCGGCAGCACUUCUCUGCGCCGCCGGUGCUGGUGAAUACUCCGAUCAAGCUGGAGCGGAUGUUCAUGUCUUGGAAUAUCGAACAAGUGGCGGGGAUGGAUAUCGUGUGGACUGAUAACGUGGUGGAUCAUCUUCGCAUGAUGGGUGGUGACAGGAAGGUGGCUGUGUUCCAUCAUGUCACCUUCCUGCAGUGCCAGCUGAAUAACACAAUGCUGCCUCCCGGGCUGAUCCAAGAGACGCUCCAGACCCUCUCGUUUCUCUUCCCUCCAAACGAUCCGGGAACUCGGACGUGGAUCGAAAAGAAUCACUCCCUGAGAGUCGACCCGCGGCUUCUCAAAUGCGGCCAUCUUCGGUACGAUGAUCGCCAUAUCGACAACUUUAGAUUCUGGAGGGACCGGCUGGUGCUUUUGAAGCAAGCCUUCGAUGAGUCCCGUCCACAGACCAUGUUGCAGUGGUGGUGGGAUCGGAGGGACGGCAUCCAGUGCACCACAUACCCAGACUUCACCAUCCCGGAACUAUCCCAACUCAUAGCCACUCUCCUCAACUCGCGCGCCAAUAUCUCAGUGCUAGAAAUCGGACCGGGCCCGAAAAGCAUCCUCGGAGAUCUGCCCAGCCAUCUACGACAAAAGGUCAGAAGGUACGCUGCAUUCGAGCCCAAAAGUAUUUUUGUCACGAGGCUGGAAGAAUGGCUCGGUGCUACCGAAGAGAUGGAAUCACCGCUGCCUGGUCUGGAAUGUGCGCAUGAUAUUUAUCGCGUUCCGUUUGUUCUGGACAGUGAAUCAGGGUGCGGUGCCCGUGUCGGUGAUUCUGGCAGUGGCAGUGGCAGUGAGGAGAAGUUAGAUAUCAUCCUAUUCUGCCAUAGUCUGUAUGGCAUGGAACACCAAGCCAGAUCCAUAGCACGGGCACUGGAUAUGCUAGUUGAAGGCGGAAUAGUGGUUGUUUUCCACCGCGACGGGACCCUGCGCUUGGAAGGCUUGGUGGCCCAUCGAGUGGCGUCUUUCCCUGAGGGAGUCAUUCGCAUAGCAGAUACCGAUGAAGCGUUGGACCAGUUUGCGCCUUUCAUCGCGGGGUUCGUCAUGCAGGAUAUCGAGGCAGACAGAAUUACCCGAGCUGAGUGGCGGAACGUGUGCCGCGCCUUGGGGGGUCGUGAGGAAACGCACCCAGAUUAUAUCUGUUUCAGGUCGCCCGAGAUCAUGGUGGUCUUUACCAGACAUGCGACCGCGUUGCCAGGGCUCGUGGCUCAGGUGCCGUUGGCGAGGGAAGGAAGGAGGAUCAAGAACUGCGAGGCUCGUUUCAAUCAUUCUGCUGCGAUUGUAAGGCCGGAAACGGUUCGACAUGUUCAGCUGUGUGUACAAUGGGCUCUCGAGCACGGGGUUGGCCUGACAGUCGUUGUUGGGAGUCAUAGCGGGCACUGUCUAUGGACUAAUGUUGUCGGGGUGGAUAUGGCUGCCUUUGACCAGGUGCAUGUCCUUGUAGGGGAAUGGAAAGGAGAGGCUGGGUCUGAUGCUGAUUCCUUAGUUGUUGCCGGGGCCGGGUCGAAGACUGGUGAUAUUGUCCGCAAGUCCAUGGCAGCCGGGGUGACCGUGCCUUUAGGGUCCCGUCCCAGCAUAGGCGCCGGGCUGUGGCUGCAAGACGGCAUCGGACACCUGGCUAGGCUAUACGGGCUCGCGUGCGACCAGAUUGUCGGGGCCGUGAUGAUCAGUGUGGAAUCCGGUGAGGUCUUCUGCAUCGGCUGUGUUCCAAGCCAACAUUGGCCGGUCGGUGCCGUACGUCCAAGAAACGAAAUUGAGCUUUUAUGGGCAAUCAAGGGAGCAGGGACCAACUUUGGCAUCGUGAUUAGUUUCAUCUUCAAAGCUUAUGUGGCUCCUACAUACUUGACUCGAAGCUGGAUCGUCUCGCUGAGGGACGGUGAUGAGGCAAGGCGCAAGCUUCACGAGUUUGAUACCGUCCACUCGACUAAAAAGGUGUCCAGACACCUAAGUAGGCGUGAUACUGAAUGA